AUGGAAAAUACAGAGGUCAGAAGAGGCGAUUUCGUCUACAGGGACACUCUCUUUGUAGACUUGGGGCCCAAUAAACGACAUCCUCGCGCCUCGACAACAGACCUCAAGGACCUGCUUUUACCCAAACGCGGCUCUACGCCCAAGGACCAGGUCGCGCACUGGUACGAGGCGCAGCUGCUGCACUAUGGACUCCCACGGUCUCGAGACAAGAACACGGCCAAAGUGCGACUGACCAAUGCGCUCUCGGCCAAGACUCUGUCGGUGCCCAAGGAGAUUGUACAGAUGGAGGCGGAGUUGAAGAAGGAGUUUGCCAGUUCGCUGAGGAAAGCGAAGAGUGCAGCAGCAGCAGCAUCAGCAAAGCCACCGCAGGCCAAGGUCUCUGAGAAAGUCCCCACAACUGCGAAAGGAAAGAAAGGCGCCGCCAGCUCAAAAACCACCAUCGAGCUGGAAAUCGAUGACGUGAAGCUCAAGAUUGACCGCGACACGCUCGAGGCGGCAAAGAAGUCGACCAAAUCCAAGAAGACAUCCAGCGCCUCCGCUGCCUCUGAUGCAUCUUCUGCCAAAAAGCCCAAAGGUGCCAAAACAUCCUCUUCCACUCCCAAGCCUGCAUCUGCGCCAAAAUCUCCUGCCAAACCCAAGGCUACAGCCUCAGCCUCAGCUCCACGAAGUCGACAGACUGCGAGACGAAGCCAGCCUUUCCCUCGUAAUACCAGCGCCCGACCCAUCUCAAACCCUCCACAACACAUCUAUGACCACACCCCCGUCUCCUUCCACCAUGACGUCGAAAUGGAUGACGCCCCACCGGCGUACGAGUCCCUGGGGUAUGACGAGCCCGACGACUCUCCAAACAGCUCUGCCGGCAUCCAAAUAUCAGGCACCUACCUAAUCCACAAAAAACCAUUUUAUCCCUUUGAUAUCACGCUCCAAGUCGACCACAGACAACAAAAACUCUGGGGGCGCUUUAAUAUCGGUUCUAAAUCCGGGGUUCUCCACGCCAGCGAUAUCUCCCACGUCACUCCUCACAACGCUGUCUCGUUCGGGUGGAGGUCGGAGGAUGAUGAUGACGGCGACAUGAAGUUUGGACGAGGUUGCGAUGGAUACCUGGAAUUCGACGGAGACGAGUGGAUGAAGGGGAGCUUCCGGGGCCUGAUGGAUGGACAAGACGUAGACUUUCAAGGACAUUUGAUAGAAGAAGACGGCCUGGAUGUCACGGAAAUGAAGGGUAUCUGGGAUGAGUUUCCACGAAAGGCAUAUGGCAGACCUUGA